GCGGCGCGCGGGAUGUUCGAAAGUGCCUAGCAGUUGGCGUCGGCGGAGCCCGCGUUCGCCUCGCGCGGGGGUCGCUGGGAAGCAAUGGGGCGGCUGAGGCGGUGGAAAGCUAAGAUGUGAAGAAUUGACAUUUUUACAUCCUAGUCCAUUUGUUUUAUAAUUUAAAAAGAUAUGUAAAUAAGGUUAUCUUAAUGAAUUUGUUGUUGGAGCAAAAAGGAAUAAUACAUUUUGUCAAGAUGGUUACUACACCUUUAAAAGAUCAAAGGAUUUCAAAGUCUCCACUUCCUUCUCCCAGAAGGAUGCCCUUUAAAUCUGUUCUACUGAGUAACAUACCUGGAGGAACACCUGUAAAGGAUUUUGUGAAAUUUCAAGUGAAUUCUGUUUCUGCUGUAAAAGAGACUGUGCUUCCUUCAGUGAUUUUUGCUUGUGGAAAAAUUUGUUUAGGAAAAGACACUAAAAGUGAGAACAUUUUCCAGUCCACUUUAAUAGCUGGUAGCACUCAUACUAAAGACUUCCUUGACCUCAGCGAGAUAAAGCCAGCUUCUGAAGAAAGAUCGGGGCUGCUCUCCUCUUGGCCAAAAGAGGAAGUUAUGCCACUGACAAGGAGUGCUUUACUGAAACGUAAAGCUGGUGAACCAUUAUCCAUUGAAUCUCCUGCAAAGAUCUUCUCAAGAAUGAAAACCAGGACAGCUCUCAUCAAACAGGAGAACAAGCCACUAGAAAUGAAAUUAUUAGAUACAAACAGCACCACAGAUUACAUUCUUACUCCUGAGAGGCACCCAGAAUUUUUGGGCAGUCAAGACAAAAAAUCCAUUGCUGAACCCAAUAUGCAAAGGGAAAAGAUGAUGGCAGAGCCUCCUGAAGAGGUCAAUGAAGUAAGAGUUCCAAAUCAUAUUGCAACAAAUGAAAAUGUGUAUUCAACAGCAAUCAGCCCUCUGGUUUCAGAAUCUCCUCAAAAGUUCUUCUUGCGCAUAAAGCAGAAGAUGCAUCAGACACGGUUGCAAAGAGUAGAUUCAUCAUCUUGCCCAACCAAGGAAAAUGCCCCUCCAUUGUCUGAAGUGAAGCAUCCUUUAACAGCAUCCGAUUCAGCCAAAAAGUUAAAUGGUCUUGAUGAAGUGUGUCCAUAUACUGUCAGUCAGGAUUAUGAAUUUCUUGUGGAACCUGCUGAAUUGGAUAAUGAGACUCUUGACACUCUGGUUAAUGCCACAGACAUGAGCUUUGAUCUUGCUAAAUCCAGAGAACCCUUGGAAGAAAUGGCACCUGAACCCCAAACCCAAGGACGACAGGCAAUGCCUCAGGGCAGCCCAAAACCAGGCCAGAGAGGGCAGGAAGUGUUGGGAGCUGGGCCCCAGAAGGCUUCCCAGAAUUUGUGUGAUAUUGUAUUUGCUACUCCAAGGGUUCACAUACCCAGGAAGCAAAAACCACCAGGGACCACUUCCAAGGUGCCCUUGGACACACGUCACACCGAGCCAAGCAAUGAUGAAAAUGAGGAGGAACAGCAGCAGCUAAUAUACCUCAGUGGUUGGAGAAUCAGGGUGAUCAACAACAAUACAGCCGUGUGCGUGGAAGGAAUACGGAGAGACAUGAAGAAUAUCUAUUGGCAUAGCAAUGCCAUUGUGGCACGAAUAGCACACAACCAAGUGAAAACUGUUUCUGGAAGUGUUUACAUGUUGGAAGGGCAGAUAGAUGCCACAACUAUGAAGAAAGAAGGAAUACCUGCUAUGUUCAUAAAGAGGUUUGGGUCUGGAAUUCCAAAGAACUGGAAAAUGCAUGUUGAUUAUUUACUUCGUUCUCUGAGGAGGAAGGAGCAAAGAGCCUCCCAUUCAAGAGAGGGCAGCACUGGAAAAAUGGAUUCUGUGGAAACAGAGGGGUCAGACAACCUGGAAGAUCUGCUGGAAAAUGUUGGGAGGAAAUCUCAAACAAAAAACACCACUUAUGAGGUAUUGGCAGUGCGCAGUAAUGAAAAACAGGGUGUGCAGCCAAAAGCACUCCCUUUGCAGAAUGAACCUGAUGCAAGUGUCACCCGUAGUGGUCGGUGUGUUAAGCCACCCAUGCAGUUCUGGUGCGGUGAGCGGAUAUAUGUGGAUGAUGCACUGAAUGUCUCUGUCAACAAAGGGGGCACCAACUACUUGUCUUCUACAGUAAGCAGUGCACGGCCUUGGAACAGGAAACAUUUCAGUUCCCCAAAGGAAAAUGGUGACUCCAAGGCUGCUGAAGAAACACCUGCAAGCAGAGUUAAAGGAAGAACUAGUCAGAGACCCCAGAAUGUCACAAAAGAAAUUGAGCCUGGGGAUAAGAGAAAACCACGGCAUUUUGUCUCUAGCUCUGAAGAAAGCAACCAUGAAUUUAUUAUUGAUGACAUUUACAAGAAACAGGCUGUUGUUACUUUGACACCACUGAACCAUAAAAAGCUAUGUGAAAAGAUUGCCAAGCAUAGAAGCAAGUCUGAAAGAAAGCCAGCUGAGCAGACUGUCCCAAAGCAGAGACCCAAAAUGAAUGGAUAUAGAACAACCUUGGCUGACAAAGAACCAGCAGAUCUCAAAUACCCUUUAGGGUCGCUGAAACAAGUCUGCCAAAGCAAGCCAGUUGUGGAAAGCACCGAUGAAGACGAAUCGAGUGAAGAUGUCCCUUGUAUUAAGAGGAAAACCCUGCCCUCUUUCAAGAGGAAAUCAAGUGAUGCAAGGAAGUGGUUGUCUGAGCCCAGAAGGAAUCCAGGGAAUCCUCCAACUCCUCUUUCUCACAGCAGGCAGAUGAAGGCUGCUCACUCUGACCAGAAUGGCACAUUGGAGGAGCAACCCACUCCGAACCCUUCUUCUUCUUCUAACUUGGCUACUGGUUCUUCUGGACUUGGGAGGUGGGAUAGGCAAAGGACACUCCGGGGGACCCAAAAGCACAUCAUUGAACCGGAGUCAGACAGUGAAGUGAGUACUGAAGAGUCUCAACAAAGAGAAGAAAAGUUAAAAUUAGUGACCAAAAGAGCCAGUGGCCAAGUUUCCAAUGAUGCAAAGACCUCCGCCAUGGCAGGGAAGACCCCUGGCAACAGACAAGCAUGGAAAGUCUUGGACUCUCUUCCAGAUGUUAACGAAAACUGGACUGAGAAGGAACUUCAGAAGCUACACAGGGCUGUCGCUUCUUUUCCUAAACACAAAAGUGGUUUCUGGAUGGAUGUAGCCAAGACUGUGGGGACACGAACUGCUGAAGAGUGCCAGCAAAGGUACAUGGCAGAGCAGGAAGACAGAAGGUGUGCUCCAAAGAGGAUCAACCAAUCUGGCAAAAAGAAGAAAAAAGAGGAGGGGACAAAGCAACCUGUGGCAAUUGUUGCAAAGGUGGGAACGUUGAAGAGAAAGCAGCAGAUGAGAGACUUCCUUGAACAGAUGCCCAAGGACAACCAUGAUGACAUCUUUGCUUCAACCCCCAUGCAGAACAGGAACACAAGAUUACCACAGUUCCAUACAGACCAAGAGGAUAUCUUCCAGCUGAAAGGCAACCACCCCAUCACACCCUCGUCUGCCAUCUUUCCCUGGGUAAAGACCCCCCAGUGUGAGCAUAUCAGCCCUGGCAUGCUGGAGUCCCUGGACAGGAAAGAUUGUGACAAGCAUGUCUUCCGUAUGCAAAAGAACAUGAAAGGCAAGGCGUGCACGUGGCAGAAUGUGAAGAGGAAAGCGAGUGGGACCACGUUCACGACUCCCACCUCUCACAGGAUGAACAUCUUUAUGUUUAAUGAAGGUGCACGGAGUGUUGAUGGAGUGGGGACACUCUUCCAAGAGGAGGGGGGAGCCCAGUCGGAUGAAGAGGAGGACCCCUAUUUUUCCACAUAGGCAGCCUCCUGCAUUGCACCAGGAUCGUCAGGCCAUACCUUCAGUCCUCUGCAAUGGCCCCAGGCAUGUCCCUGUUGCUUGUGGUCUCCCUUGAUUAAAUUCUACCUUUCCUAUGGGGAAGGGGACACAGAAGCAUCAGCUGGAAAAGACUGCACUUUUUUUUUUUAAGCAAAAUGUUUUUUAAAAGUUAAUGCACAAUAAAUCUCAAAGGGUUGGAAUUUAUAAAUAUCAGAGGAUGUCUAAAUUUCCUAAACAAAGAACAGUGCUUAUGGAUUUUUGUAUUAAACUUGGUUUCAUGGUG